AUGUACAAUCUCUCUUUCAUCACUCCCGACUGGGACUCAAAUGAGCGCCAGGCAUUCUGGAGGCUAGAGAAAGUGCCCAGAAUGUCCCUCGGUCUCGUGAAAAACACCUCAGACGUCAAAUUAGCACUCGCUCUCACCAUUUUGCUGGCCCUGCCCCUGAUCCUUGCCGCCCGUAAACUUGUUACUGCGCGGUGUCACCUGCAAGACUUCCCCGGCCCUUCUUGGGCCGCCUACACUCGAUUGUGGCUCUGCAAGACAAUUGCGUCCGGAAACUCGGCUCAAAUAUUUGUCGACGUGAACCAGAAGUACGGUGCUGUUGCCCGCGUGGGACCGAAUCAUCUUGUGACCAGCGAUCCCGACUUGACGCGGCAGAUUCUGGCUGUUGGGUCCAAGUGGCGACGCGGCCCAUGGUUCGACUCAAUCCGCAUCGACCCGCGCGUGACAAACAUUGUCUCUGAGCGAGACCCCCGAGUGCACAAUGCCAUGCGGCGUAGAAUGGCGCCUGGUUACGCGGGAAAAGACAUUCAGGGUCUCGAGGAAGCGGUCGACGAGCGUAUUGACGGAUUUAUAUCUCGCAUCGAGAAGCACUGGGUCUCUAGUGCAACACUGGCAAAGUCGUUUGACAUUGCGAAAAGGAUCCAGUACUUUACCAUAGACACGAUUACGCAUCUCUGCUUCGGGAAGCCAAUGGGCUUCGUCGAGUCCGACUCGGAUAAACACAACUUUAUCGCAACCAUAGAAAUGCAACUACCAAUUGUGCAGCAUUUUUCGGUCAUGCUAGCAUUCAACACAGUACUCAGGUGGAUUUCUGCUGUGCCUUGGGUUAGAGGGCUCGUCGUACCAUCUUCGGCGGACAAAACAGGCAUCGGCGUCAUCAUGGGAUUAUCUCGUCAAGUCAUUGACUGCCGCUUGAAUGAAAGCGAGAAGCCCAAGCCUGACAUGCUAGGGUCUUUCCUGAAGCGCGGACUCAGCCCUGACGAGGCCGAGACGGAGAUAUCCAUUACACUUGUCGCCGGCUCGGAUACUACUGCCACGGCUCUGCGCGCGACGCUACUGUCGAUCAUAUCGACACCGACGGUGUACCAGAGACUCAGCAAUGAGAUAUCCACUGCCGAAGCUGAAGGUCAAAUAUCGUAUCCCAUUCGCAACGACGAGGCUCAGAAGCUGCCCUAUUUACAGGCCGUUAUCCGUGAGGGUCUUCGUCGAUUCCCGCCCAUCACGCAGCUCCGCGAAAGAGAGGCGCCACCCGAAGGCCUCCAACUGCCCGACGGUCGGAAAAUACCCGGCGGCACCUUCGUUGGUCUCAAUGCAUGGGGCACGCAGUUGAAUCCCGUCUUUGGUACAGAUGCACAUGUGUUCCGGCCCGAACGAUGGCUCCCGGAGAGCUACGACGAUGGGGGCCAGCGACUGGCCGCCAUGGCCAAGGUGCAGGAGCUCAUCUUUGGCCACGGCAUGACACGCUGUCUAGGGAUUCCAAUCGCCAUGAUGAAUUUGAACAAGAUGCUGGUGGAGCUUUUUCGCAGAUACGAUAUACAGGCUAUAAACAGCCAGAAGCCUUGGACUAGUUUGUGCUAUGGCAUCUUCUUCCAAAGCGACUUUUACGUGAGAAUCACUCGAAAGGGCUCGGAGGCUGAGGUAGCUUCAGCCUAG